AUGGUUUUUGCUAUGUCCAUUGUAAGGCCAAUUUUAAGGGCCUUUACUAUUUCAAAUUCAGCCCCUUACAUCACGGCGGCUAACCGAUAUGCUUCAGUAACUUUAAAUGCAGCACGAUUCAGUGUCUAUAAUCCAUGUCGCCAUUUCUCGACGGAGGAUUACAAGGAAUCUAUCCAGAAUCGUGUGAUGAAUGUUUGUAAAGCAUAUGACAAGUUGUCGAACUCAAAUAUUAGUAUUUCUUCCGAUUUUACUAAAGAUUUGGGCUUGGAUAGCCUUGAUCAUGUUGAACUAAUCAUGAUGAUGGAGGAUGAGUUCGGUCUUGAAAUUCCCGAUCAAGAAGCCGAAAAACUUCAAACUCCCCAAUGUAUCGCUGACAUGCUUAUCAAGAAGAAGGAGCAAAUGAUGAAACUGGACUCAUAG